GCUUAUAACCAUCGUAUCCCGAUUCUCGGUUUUAUCCGGUCCGAUUCCGGUUCUGAAUUUAUACGUUUGAAGCUUUCAAGAGUGAUGGAAUGUAAAAGACCAAAAUACCCUUUUCAGACGCGGGCUGUGUAAGAGAUGUAUAUACUGUAUUGUUUUGCCGUCUCUAUAUCUCUGCAAAAUCAAAUCUUUUUCAGUGGAAUCUGAAUUUCGUGUUCCUUCGAGAAUAUUUACACAUCUGAGCUGUGAUUACUCUGAGAACAUGUAACCCCGGUGAAACUUUCAUAGCCCUUUCGAUGUUUUCUCUGUAGCGACGUUCGAGAAGCACAUGCAUACCAAGUGUUUGAUGAAAUUCCUCAGACAAGAUGAGGUCUACAAUCAGAUCAAACGGGAUAACGUUGCUAACAAACACUACAAAGCUGACACGUUAUUUUUGCUCUCAUCAUUUAAUAAAUCGAUCGGACUGUGCAUCGACGGAGUUGCAGGAAGUUAUUAGGAUCGUUUCUUCCCCCAUUGGUGGUCUUGAUGACCUUGAAGAAAAUUUGAACAAGGUUUCCAUAUCUCCAUCAUCCAACCUUAUUACCCAAGUGAUUGAGUCUUGCAAGAACGAGACUUCACCGAGAAGACUAUUAAGGUUUUUCUCCUGGUCGUGUAAAACCCUAGGUUCUUCUAGUUUACACGACAAUGACUUCAACCAUGUCCUAAGAGUGUUGGCUGAGAAGAAAGAUCAUACAGCUAUUCAGAUACUCUUAUCAGAUAUCAGGAAGCACAACCGGGCCAUGGACAAGCAAACGUUUAGCAUUGUUGCUGAAACUCUGGUUAAGAUUGGUAAAGAAGAAGAUGCAAUAGGUAUCUUCAAGAUCUUGGACAAGUUUUCGUGUCCACAAGAUAGCUUCACUGUAACAGCUAUUAUAAGUGCGCUCUGUUCAAGAGGACAUGUGAAGAGAGCAUUGGGAGUUAUGCAUCAUCACAAGGAUGUGAUCUCUGGUAAUGAAUUGUCUGUGUACAGAAGUCUUUUAUUCGGUUGGUCUGUACAAAGAAACGUGAAGGAAGCAAGAAGAGUUAUACAAGAUAUGAAAUCAGCUGGGGUUGCACCUGAUUUGUUCUGUUUCAACUCGUUGCUUACUUGCCUAUGCGAAAGAAACGUUGACAGAAACCCGUCAGGGCUUGUUCCUGAAGCUUUGAACAUUAUGUUGGAGAUGAAGUCUUACAAAAUCCAACCUACAUCUAUUAGUUACAAUAUAUUGCUGUCCUGUUUAGGAAGGACGAGGAGGGUGAAAGAGUCGUGCCAGAUUCUAGAGCAAAUGAAGAGAUCAGGAUGUGAUCCUGAUACAGCGAGCUACUACUUUGUUGUGAGGGUUUUGUAUUUGACAGGAAGGUUUGGUAAAGGCAACCAAAUAGUAGAUGAGAUGAUUGAGAGAGGACUGAGACCUGAACGCAAAUUCUAUUAUGAUCUUAUCGGGGUUCUCUGCGGGGUCGAGCGGGUAAAUUUUGCGCUUCAAUUGUUUGAGAAGAUGAAGAGAAGCUCUGUAGGUGGUUAUGGUCCGGUUUAUGAUCUGCUUAUAACAAAACUAUGUAAACGAGGAAACUUUGAGAAAGGAAAAGAGCUUUGGGAAGAGGCAAUGUCACUUGAUGUUACGCUUAGUUGCUCUAUUGAUUUGCUUGAUCCAUCUGUUACAGAGGUUUUCAAACCAAUGAAGAAGAAAGAAGUGGAGGAUACAAUGGUGGACCGCCGCUUACUUAACUUGAAGAUUCAUGCUAGAAUGAACAAAACAAAGCCAAAACUGAAACCGAAACCGAAACGCAGAAGCAAAAAGAAGAAGAAUAUGGGGCAUUGAUUGAUUUCUUCUAGCCAUGUUUAGAACAUCCGAUGUAACAGCAAUGUACCAGGUGAUAUCUUUGCUUUCUAUGAAUCUAUAAUGCAGAAGCA